AUGAAUGCCGAACGAAGAUAUCACUGCAUCGUCUGUGGCAUCCAGAUCAUCCGUAACCAGGAGCUGGACCACUGGACCCGUUCCGCAGAAUCAGUCAUUGUCGUAAAUGCGCAAUGGCAAAACGCCAGGUACACAGGUGCAUGGGACCGUGACAAUCCGGAUCAGGCGGUUUACGUGGACGGAGCGCCAGUGCCCGCUGACAUUCCGCUCCGCAUCCUUCUUCUUCGGCCUACGAUCGGGGGUCCGGCCGUCCGCCAUUUGAGGGAGCCUCUCGGCGUAGCCUGCGGCUUUCCGGUGCACACUGCCUGCUGGGAGAUUCUGCAGUCGACCCGUCCCGAGGAACCGCUCCCUGUGCAGUCCAUCUUCGAGCUGUGCGCGUCCGUCCCGAACCGAAUCGGUGCCGUGAACUUUGGCCACACGUACGGUGGGAUCUUUGGCUACCGCAUGUCUUUGCCGGUCCAGAAUCUGCCCAUCGCCGAGGAGACGUCCUUGUUUUACGUCACGGCGGAAGACACCUUUCCUGUGCGCCAAGAUGAGGGUUCCUCGCUGGGCCCUGGCUCACCGUCGUCAAGCGAUCCUUUUGCUGGCCUUCCGACCGAAAUCACCCAGCUGAUCUUCGAACUCUUAUCUUCCAAGGACGUGGCCAACUUGAAGCUCGCGUCGCGGACCUGCGCGGCGCUCACCCUUCCCGACACGUUUUGGAAAUCUAGAUUCCUCUCUGGCCAUCCUCGUCACGUCCAUCAGGCCGCCGCUCGGACUAUCCCAUUCUCUACCGGGGCCGAGGCAGCUUCGUCGGAGAGCCGUCCACUUACCCCCGAACCAUACCGCGUCUUCAUCUCUACCGUCGAUGUCUUUGGGAAACGUUACGCCUCGGGGAUGCGUUUCGAAUCUACGAGCGGGACAUCGACUGGGCUCGGCUACGUUCAUGCUAGCACCGAGGUCCUCGUCGCUGAGGCGCGAAUCCAGAUUGCCGGCCUUUUGCUUGCCCAUGACGAGCGAGGUAUCCGAGGCAUAUCCGUGAUACCGUCAACAGGACCUAUUUCGAAGUGGGUUGGUGAGCAUCAAAGCCUUCCGCACCGCCGGUUAAUGCUGCAGUCUAUAAAUCCCCAGCCAUUUUCAUACCUCUCGGGAGCCUUCAAUGCUUUUGGUUUCGUAGCAAUGUCUACAGGUGACGGCCGCAGCUCCCCAUCCGACUUGCGUAUUCACGACCUCGCGUUCUGGUUCCCCGGUGUCCCAGACCCCCGGAACGAGUUUCUUGGCAUCGAGCACUCACCUUCCGAUGUAGACAAUAGCCUAUGUACCCAGAGACCGGUAUAUCAUAGCAUAUUUGCCGAACCUGACCUCAUAGACCUAUCCGAUCUGGGGCGCAUCGCUGGCAUACACACAGUUCACAGGAAAAACGAAUUGAACGAGUGGCUCGUCGGCAUUGUGGUAUAUACAAGUUCAGGGCGCUUGUCCGUGUAUCCAGGUCGACUAGGAGAGGCUCCGGUUGACUGCGAACAGUUUCACCGCGAUGUUGAUCCGGGAAUCCGCGUUGUAGCCGGAUUUUGCACGAGAAUGGAAACGCCGUCUGGGAUAACAGAAUUCGGUCUCGUAGUUAACUGA